AUUGUUCGAUCACAACUAAGAGCUCCUGAAGACGCCUACUUGUUGGAUAUUCCCCAGACUCUUAGGACUGCCAUUGCAGAGUUCACAACUUGAGAACUCUUAUAACUGUAUUUGACUCUGGUGAUAUCUUGGUGAAUACUUUAUUAAGAUGGCUGGGAAAGAUCGCUUAGAGAAUGUGAAUCCUCAUAUAUUUGCAAAAGCUGGACAAAGAUUAGAGCUGCCUACUGACUGGGACGAUGACAUUUAUGAUCCUUUUGAUUCUCGAGAAGUAUUUGAUCUUGUGAGAAAUAUCAGAGAUCCUGAACAUCCACUUUCAUUGGAGGAAUUGAAUGUUGUUGAAGAAGGACAGUGUGAAGUUUGUGAUGACGAAAAUUCUGUGAUGGUACACUUCACUCCCACUAUACCGCAUUGCAGCAUGGCUUCUCUCAUAGGUCUGAGUAUUCGUUUGAAGCUUCUACAGGCUCUGCCAGCCAGGUUCAAAGUGGAUGUAAGAAUCACUCCAGGCACUCAUGCUUCAGAGCAGGCAAUUAACAAACAGUUAGCUGACAAAGAACGAGUAGCAGCUGCUUUGGAAAACCCUCAUCUGCUUGAAGUUAUCAACAAAUGUUUAUAUCCUUCAGCAGCAUAAGACAUUUUAAAGUACUGUCAUUUACAUUUAAGGUAGUAGAUAGACCAAAUGAUAUAUAUUUUUGAAAAAUAAUCUGAUGUAGCGGGUGUACAUACAUAGAGUGAAAAGUGUUUUUUUUUUUCUUUUUAGUUGUAAUGUAGUUUACUGAGCAAUAUAUGUACAUUUUAUCCUUUUGAAAGUUAAAUGUCUGCCCUGCAGGUUGAAUUAUCAAAUUAACAUUAACACCAAAUCAUGAUUAAGUAGUAUAAGUUACAUAUGCUUCAGUAGUAUGGAAACUAAUGUGUACAUUAUUAACAAAUAGAAAGUUUCUCAUGGUAAAGCAAAGAAUUUAAUUUACGAUAUAUUUUUGCUUUAAUUUUUCGAAGAAUGCAUAUCAUUUUAGUUUAUAAGAUCAAAGUUAAUAGAGAAAUGUUGAAUUAAUUCCCUCUAUUGUUCUACUGAACUAUUUAUUGUAUUAACUUAAAUUCUGGCGUAUUAGACUUUCUUGCCAAGUUCCAUGUGUGUUAUUAGAUGGUAUUUUUAUAGAAAAUUAAAAGAAAUUUUUCAGCCACGAGUUAUAUUUUUAGUGACUUUGAAUCAUUGUUAGGUGAAUCUCUUAAUUUUAUAUUUUGGAUACUCUCAACAUUUUUUAUUGAAUAUUGGUCCUCAAUUCACAAUGUAUGCAUAUAUAAUGUAUAUAUAAUAGGUACACCAAAUUUUCAUCUUUUGAAAGAUUGUGAGGGAAAGUAAAUUUUUGAGGACCACAGUGUUAACAAAAAAUGAAGUCCAUAAAUGCAAUAGUUUAUAAAUAAAUUGCAAUAAUUCCGUUCAAUUUAUGCUCUCAUUCUUUUCCUCAGAGCCAAAUAGUGCAAUAAAAUUCCCUGUAUUCAUGUAUAUCUAGUAACAUUAGGACAGCAUAGUGACACGAGAAUACUUUACUAGAAAUUCAGAUUAAUACAAAUGAUUUUAUAAGGAUGAAACAACUGUCUUGAAAAACAAGAAUGAGAAGUAACAGUUUCAAAGAGCUAUGAUCCUCGGACUUGGUAAUCGAAUGUCUAUCAAUACUUUUGGUAAUUGGUCAUUGGUUUUGCCGUUUGUAUUUUUCGGAUUUAUUUACCAAUAUGUAUUAUCAUGACGGCUAAUAUUUUCCAUAUUUCCUGGUUUUCGUGCACUUUUAUAUUUCAUUUAUCCAUUUCUGCAUAUUGCUUUUCUUGCCAUCAGUAUGUUCUAAAGAAGAAUGCAGAUCAAGUUAUGUCAAUAUACUGAUUUCCUUUAUUUGGAUAUUAAGUGACAGUUUCUCUUCUAACUAGAGCCUUUUUUCCCAACACUUCUAUGGAAUUCUGUUUUAUCCCCAUUUUAGCACUAGUUUUGGGCACUUUUGAUAUGUGAAACCCAAUAAACUAAUUAUCAAC